UUGGACGAAACAUUCCUUGAGCAUCCACAGAGCACGGACGUCCAUCUCGGAAGUGACGUCACAUUGAGAUGCAGACCACCCCAGGGAAUCCCACCACCGGAAGUCACGUGGCUGGUUGGCGGGAAGCCUGUGGAGCUGAGUGAUCAAGUUUAUGUUAAUGAGGAUGACAGCAGCCUAACAAUAACGAAGGUUGAGAAGUUGGACGAAGGCAGGUACGCUUGCUUCGCGAGGAACCAGGCGGGGAACAGAACCAGUCAGGCAGCCUCACUUUUCGUUGUUGAGAGACCACGAAUUUUGACGGAACCUCAAAAUGUUGACGUGAAAGAAGGUGAUGAAGCCAUCUUUGUUUGUCACGUGACUGGGGACCCUCUGCCGGAAGUUGUCUGGUUGAUGCCGGAAAUGUGCAGCAAUCAUUCCAACAGGUUCGUUUUCGAUCAAAACAGCCUACGACUGAUGAGCGUGAAUACAUGUGACGCUGGCAGGUACACGUGUAGAGCAUCUAAUAGGGCUGGCACGGUGCAAAGUUCGGCUGCACUUAACGUACUCUGUGAGACACAACCCUCCUUCCUGUUGGUCCCUGAAGAUCGUGAGGUUGGUGAGGGCAGAGAGGUUCACUUUUCAUGUCAGGUCACCGGAAAUCCAAUGCCCGUGGUCACGUGGGUGGUCGGAUCGAAACAGGUUGGUCGGAACAGCACUUACGAAGUCCUCCAAGACGGAAGUCUGGUCGUCCGAUCUGCCAGCCAGCAAGAUUCAGGAAACAUCGUCUGUCAAGCCAUCAGUAUCACUGGCACUGCUAUGGUCACUGCUAAAUUAAAAGUU